AUGAGCUCCAAAAAUGCACCCAAGAAGAAAGAAAUUCCUUCUGAACCAGCAUUUGAUCUAGAACAGCAGUUUCUCCUUCGGCUGCCACCGGGACCUGCCAUGGCAUUGCGAAGGGAUGUUCAAGCUGGUUCCCUGACACUGAAGGAUAAGUUCAGCAUUGAGGUGCAGCCAGAUCAUAGACACUGUAUUGUCAGAUAUGGAAAUGAACUAUUGUAUGCAAAGUUGAUGGACCUACCAUGUAUUAUUGAAUCAUUGAAGACUGUUGAUAUGAAAACGUUUUAUAAAACAGCUGAUAUUUCUCAGGUACUAAUAUGCAGUAACACUGAUGAGGACACCAGUCAAGAUGAAAAUGAAAGCCCAAAAAAGAAAGAAAAGGACAAAAACAAAAAGUAUCAUUUUCCACAUGGAGUGACCCCUCCACUGAAAAAUGUCAGAAAAAGAAGAUUUAGAAAAACAUUAAAGAAAAAGUACAUGGAACAACCAGAUAUUGAGAAAGAGGUGAAGAGACUGUUCCGUACAGAUGCUGAAGCCAUUAAUGUGAAGUGGGAAAUUAUUGUUGAGGAGGAAAAACCCACAGCUGAUUCUAAUGGUCAAGGUCAGACAACAAUGGAAGGCUGGGUUGGCGGUCAGUCUGGUCAGUGGGAUCAGAACUCAGGAAAUCUAGACUAUGGAAAUCUGUUUGGGGAGCUGAGCAGCUCAGAUGAUGAAGAGGAGGAAGAAGAAGAGGAAGAAGAAGAAGAGGAAAAAGAUAUCAAUAUCAUGGACAGUGGAGAAGAGGAUAUCUCUCAGGGAGCCUUCAUGCAGGGUGUGUCUGCCUUCACCAACAAGGACGACAGCAUGUCACAAGACACAGUAGCAGGAGGUGACGCAGAUUCUGUUGAACUGCAGAGUAAGCUGUCAGAACUAAAACGACAAGUUGAGGAGAUUCGUCAAAGACGAAAAUCAACAGAGGAUCGUCUUGCUAAAACUCAGAGCCCUAUAUUACAGCAACGAAUACAAGCUAUUUUAGACCAAACGAUUGAGGAAGAAAAUGAGAAAGGACAAGAGUAUGAAAUACUAUCUUCAAUGUUGACGCAGAGCUGAGGUUGGAUGAGGAUUAAUAACGAAGAGGAUGUGUUUCCACAGACAUUACUGGACAAAUGAUGAAGGAAUAUUUCUUUCAUAGAAUUGUGAACUUAUCUGAACAUGUGAUCAACUUCUCAUCACUGUAAUCACGGAAUACCAGCAGACAUCAUUAUCUUAAUGUCUCGUAGAUCCCACAUACAUAUUUUCCAUUGUGUAUCAGACAUGACAAUUGAUAUACAGAUCAUCAUUAUACUCUACAUUAGGAAAAUCUGACGACCUCCCGUAAAGGGUCAAAUUUAAAUGACCUUCAAACCAAACAAUCAAAAUGCUACUGGCAAAAUCUCUUACAAUAAUAAUCGAGUGUCCCUAAUCUUGUCCACACAAAGAUAGCUGUGCCAAUAGCAAACCUGGCUGAAAAAUCAUGUUUUAUUGUAAGCAUUGAGUUGAUCUGAGUGUGGUCCUAACCACUGUCAGAUAUUUAUAACAUAGUGCAUAAUGAUGAUCUGUAUUUAAACCAGAUUGUGGUAUAACGUCUUACAACAUACAAAAUUACAGAUGAUCAACAUAAUUUGAUUGUUUUUGAUUCUGAAUGGAAAAUGAAAUAGUUUAAAAUUGAUGUUGGAUUAUAAUUUUUGUAUUUAUAUGCUCUUAAGAGGUAAGGGAUGUGCGAUUGCAAAUUAUGAAUACAAGCAUGCAAAAAUUCCGUAAUCAACAACUUCACUUUGUAAAUAUUGGAAAAUUAUAGCUGUCCUGUUAUCAAAUAUACCUGCCCCAGGUAUUGUGAAAGUUCAAGAAUUUCUUUGAUUAUGGAAAGAAUAUGAAUAUGACAUUGGGUCAUGUUAUGGUAUAUUCUGUGUGAUCUGUACAUCAGUCUGUUAACCUUUCCUUGUUAGCUCUCUCUUACCUGUAUUUAUGAUCUGAUUUUCAUGAAACUUUCUUCAAAUAUUUCUUACCAAAUUAGAACAAGAUCGCAUUACAGAAUUUUGUGAUUAAUUUUAGCAAAGUUAUGUCCUUUUUAUUGUCAAAUAUGGGCAAUUCUUUACUGAAGUCUUUUUGAAUUUGGCAAUGAAAUAAUGCACAUAAAAAUUAUGUAGCAAGUUUCAUUAAAAUCAAAGUACUGUAUAUAGAUAACAGUGCGAGAGAGUGGAAAAGGAAAAGGAAAUGGACAAAGAACCAUACAGUAUAAAAAUGGAGUUGGGUGAAAAAAAGUAUAAUAUUAAUUCAACAUCCUUGGCUCUUGUAUGCCCAGGCCAAACUUCAAAGUCAUUCAAACAGUGAAUUUUAACCUUCAUGCAUUUUCAACACAUGCUCACAGUAUUGAUAGAAUUUUAGGUGGGACAGGGGUAUGUAUCAUGCUCAGGGGUAUGUAUCAUGCUCCCACUUGAUGUUCUCUUGUUCAAUGCAUGAAAAAAUUACUGCCGAAAAUUGCAGUUGUAGCCAAACCUUUAGAUCUAUAGGUAUUUAUUUCAGAAAUAUUACCCAGUAAGAUUGGGCAAAAUUAUGUUUAAGAGUGAUCUUGUAGCCUAAAUUGGAAACUAUUAUAUUAGGCUAUGUUGCUAAUUUGUGUGUUUGAAGGAUUUGAUGCUAAUUUGUGUGUAUGAUUGAAUUGUUGCUAAUUUGUGUGUAUGAUUGAAUUGAUGCUAAUUUGUGUGUAUGAUUGAAUUGAUGCUAAUUUGUGUGUAUGAUUGAAUUGUUGCUAAUUUGUGUGUAUAAAUGAUUUAUUUAUCUUUUACCUGUA